GUACAAUUAGCAAAUAGAAUCCCACACUCCCCUCGACAACACCACAACUGUGUGUGGGAGUCUGGGAGAGAGAGGAGAGAGAGAGAGAGAGAGAGAGAGAGAGAGAGCGAGCUCCCGAUUUUGCAGAGUACCGAGGGCUGACAAUUUGUAGAGAGAGAAACACACAGACACACAGUGGAGAAAGAUACACACACACCCUCUUAUAUAUACAUAGAUAUAUACGUAUAGAGAGAGAAAGCGAUGAAGGACGAAGCUAUUAGCUCGUCGAGGGACCCGUUAUUGCCCCCCAGAUCUUCUUCUCCUCCUCCGAGCCUCACUCCCGCUGCCAGUUCUGCCGGGGCAUCAUCUGCUGCUGUUCCCACAAAUGCUGGUAGCACAGAUUGGUAUGGUCAAGGGCAGAAUUCGAAAGGAGGGUCACUUUCUCGCAUUGGUUCACAGCCUAUGUAUGCUUCAGUGAGUACUAGUGCUGGUGGUUCUGCUCUUGGAUCAUCACAACCUUCAUGCAGGCCUUGGGAAAGGGGUGAUUUAUUGAGGCGUCUCUCAACUUUCAGACCCACAAGUUGGUUUGGGAAGCCUAAGGCUGCAGGUUCACUUGCCUGCGCCAGAAAAGGCUGGGUGAAUGUGGAUGUCGAUAAAGUUGAAUGUGAAUCAUGUGGUGCAAAUUUGAAGUUUGUUUCAUCAGCUACCUGGACUCCUUCUGAAGCUGACGGUGCUGGAGAAGACUUUGCCAACAAACUCGACGAAGGGCAUAAAAUCACCUGCCCAUGGAUAGGAAACUGGUGUGCCGAAAGUCUUGUACAGUUCCCACCAACUCCACCAUCAGCACUAAUUGGAGGUUAUAAGGACAGGUGUGAUGGGCUGCUCCAGUUUCCGUCCCUCCCUGUUGUGGCUACAGUUGCAAUCGAACUAAUGAGGGUCUCAAGGGGCCCAGAAAUUGAGCGGUUGCUGGCCCAGCCUCAGUCCGGACGCAGUGAAUCUGGUAUCAAGCUAGAAAUUUGUUUAGGAACUGAAAACUCCAGAGAAGACAUCUUCUCUAUAUACUCUCGAGCUCAGAAGCUAAUAAGCCUUUGUGGAUGGGAACCGAGGUGGCUUCCAAAUAUUCAAGAUUGUGAAGAACAUUCUGCUCAAUCAGCUAGGAAUGGAUAUUCGAUUGGUCCUUCAAAAUAUCGCGGUCCUCCCCGCGACCCUAGCCGUGGCAAGAAAGCAUUGUCCUCUUCCACAAAAAAGCAUGGCGGUGGUAUGAAUGAAGUCAUAGGCACCAACUCAAAAACUAUAUCUAGGUCCCCAUUGUUGGAUUGCAGCUUAUGUGGUGCAACAGUGAGAAUCUGGGACUUCUUGACCAUCUCACGUCCUGCUAGUUUUGUUCCUAACAGCACCGAUGUUCCGGAAACUAGCAAGAAGAUGGCACUGACACGUGGAAUAAGCGCAGCGAGUGGAAUCAACGGGUGGGUUGCUGCAGAUGGUAUGGAUAAAGAGCAGGGCGAGGGCCACGACGAAGCUGCAACCGGUGAAGGAAAAUCACUGUCGAAUAUCGGCGUGGAUUUGAAUCUUACUAUAUCAGCUGGGCUGUCUUCUUCGCGUUUGCCCGCCAAUGCAAUGGCUGAACAGUACCAAGAUAUGCAUAGAGGUAGAGAUUUAGUGAUUGGGCAGCCUUCGAGCAGUGAGGUUGGUGACCGUGCAGCAUCAUAUGAAUCACGUGGUCCUAGUUCCCGUAAGAGGAACUUAGACGAAGGUGGAAGCACAGGUGACAGGCCACAGUUACUUGUCCAACAAGCAGACAGUGUCGAGGGAACUGUGAUCGAUCGUGACGGUGACGAAGUUGAUGAUGGUGGACAACAGUAUUCUGCCGGUCCUUCAAAACGGGCUCGUGAUUCUGGUUUCUCUGAGCCUCGCAGGUCAUCGCCUUACGGAAAGGAGUCUUCUGGUGUGGGUCCCAGUCGGGCGUUUGGUUUCGACAUCGGAAUCGAUCCUUAUAAGGAUGACUUUGAACAGGGACCCGAGCAAGUAAUUGGUUAUCCGUCAGCCAGAGAUUCAACAAGGGUUUCCUCUGUUAUUGCAAUGGACACUGUUCACAGUGGAGAUGAUGAUUCAAUGGAGAGCGUCGAAAAUAAUCCUGGAGACUUUGAUGACAUACAUCAGCCUUCAACAUCGACAAUCAAGAACAUAGAUCCCAGCGAGACGUCAGAAUUGAACUACAGUAAUCAAGCCCAGCAGAGUGCCUGUCCAGCUGUUGUCAGAAGUGCUGGUGAAAUGGGUGUUAGUAGCACAAAUGAAGAGGAGGUAGUAAACACGGAUACUGCCACUGUACAUAGGAUGGAUGGUCCCAGCCUGGGAGUUAGUGGAGGAAGUGUUGGAAUGGGUGCUAGCCAUGAAGCUGAAAUUCAUGGAACUGGUGCUGCGUCUAUAUAUAGAGCUGACAGUGUUGUGGGUGAUAUAGAACCGAUCGCUGAAAUAACUGAAAACCAAGGUCAGACUAGUGAAUUUGCUGCGGAUCCGUGGUUGAUGGGUGAUUUUGUACCUGAAGAAAUGGAUCGAGAGGACCCUCAAGGUGAUAGUCAAGAUAAUAUGUCUCGAUCUGUAGCGAGGGCGGAUAGUGGCUCGAAAAUUGUGGGUUCGACUAAGGCGGAAUCUGUUGAGAGUGGUGAAAAGACAAGUAACAUGCGGGCCACCUCCUUUGAGACCAAUCCACAUCCUUCACUCUCUUGCAAUGCAAUCUUAUGUUCUGGCUUUGAAGUAUCUAAAGAAGAAGUAACUCAGUCUGCAAAAGAUCUGAAUACCGAUGACCUUGGAUAUGUGGAAUCAGGCUACAAAGUUGCAACUGGAGGGCCUCCAAAUGGUGGAAGCAACUACGAUGAACCGGUCGAAUUUGAUCCAAUUAAGCACCAUAAUCACUUCUGUCCUUGGGUGAAUGGAAAUGUUGCUGCAGCAGGCUGUAGUAGCAGUAGCAGCUCUGGUUCGACUGCUGGUGCUCUUGCGCUUUGUGGUUGGCAGUUGACUUUAGAUGCUUUGGAUGCUUUUCAAUCGCAAGGGCAGAUUCCAGUCCAAACAGUUGAAUCUGAAUCAGCAGCUUCCAUGUAUAAGGAUGAUCAUCAACCGUCUCACGGUAAAAAGCUCUUGGCACGCCACUCUUUCAACAAAAGUCGCGGCAAGAAAUGAACUGCUGUUAUUCCCUCAUAGUACGCCAUCAAAGAUCAACCUAAGCAGCACCAAAAGUAAAACCAAAACGGCGUUUGAGUUAUUUGUUUGCUUUUGAAAUUAUACCUUGUUUGGAUUAUUAGAUUUGAAAGUUGAUUUUUCCGUGUUACUUGUGAAGCGCUUACGAGAGAAUCUCUCUGUUAUUAUGUCCCGAAGUGGUUUUUCUUUUUCUUUCCGUUGUUUCGACGUUAGUUGCAAUAACGCCUUGCGAGCGUAAGUCUUGUUUAACAUAAUAUAGUAUUUGUGACUGUAAUUUUAAUAUUUUGGUUGUUUUUAUUAAACAAUAUUAUAUAUUGGCUUGAGAUGAUUUGACUCUAUUUAUCUAUUUGAUACUUUGGCUUUA